UGUCAGUUUGUUAAAGUUUACUAAAUAUCGAUAACAAUUUGUAAUUGUCAUUUCAUGUCAUUUAUUGAUUUAAUUUUAGUGAAAGAAUUUAAUAUUCCAAGCCAUUUUCAAUAAAAACAGAAUUAGUGAUCAUUAUCAGAAGCAUACUAACUUGUAUAAAUAUGUCUGUUGUUUUUACAUAAUUAAUAAAUAGCUGUGUUCCAAGAAGUAUACCACAUUGAAAUUAAAUAUCACAUUAAUAUGGAGAAUUUUGAAGGUUGCGGGGAUCAGAAAAAUAAUGAAGCUGUGGCAAUAUCCAACGCACUGUCCAGGAAAUGUAAUUCUGCUAAUGAAUGUGACAAAUAUGAAGAUGCCAAUAAUUAUAGUUUGAUCCGAAAACUGGGCCAUGGAAAAUAUAGCAUUGUUUUCGAAGGCCACAACGAAACCAACGAUGAAAAAGUAGUAAUCAAGGUUCUAAAACCCGUCAGAAAAAGCAAAAUUGAACGAGAAAUUAAAAUUUUAGAACGUUUAAAAGGUGGUACCAAUAUUAUAAAAUUGCUAUCAGUAGUAAAUAUCCCCACUACAGCUUUAGUAUUUGAAAAGUUGAAUCGUAAUAAAGAUUUUAAAUCUGUGUAUUUAAAAUUUACUGAUGAAGAUACAAGGUAUUACCUGUAUGAAGUUUUAAAAGCUUUAGACUAUUGUCACAGUAAAGGAAUAAUGCACAGAGAUGUAAAGCCUCACAACAUAAUUAUAGAUGAAGCCAGUCAUAAAAUUAGGUUGAUUGAUUGGGGAUUGGCAGAAUUUUAUAUUCCGAAACAGGAAUAUAAUGUUAGAGUGGCUUCUAGAUAUUUUAAAGGACCAGAAUUACUAGUUGAUUACGGAUAUUACGAUUAUUCUUUGGAUAUGUGGUCUCUUGGUUGUAUGUUUGCAGCAAUGUUAUUUCGCAAAGAACCUUUUUUCUAUGGAAUGGAUAACCUAGACCAACUAGCUAGGAUUGUAAAAGUUUUGGGAACACACGAACUUGUUGAAUAUCUUAACAAAUACAAAAUUAUCUUUGACCCAGCAAAACUAAAGGUAAUUGGUAGUCAUACCAGAAAAUCUUGGCAGAAAUUUGUUAACACCGAACCUGAACAUAAUAUGUUAGAUGAACAAUCAAUAAAUUUAUUGGAAAGUUUGUUAAAAAUUGAUCACGCCGAAAGAAUAACCGCAAGAGAAGCCUUAAAUCAUAAGUAUUUUACAACCAUAAGAAAAAUUACUUUAAACAAAGCUACCUUUUAAUAAAUAAUUACUACUUAAUUUACAAAUAAAUAUUCAAACAAA